GUUUCCGAGAUGUCUACAGCUGCGAAGGAUCUAAAUAGGUGUCGCAAGAUGAAAGAUCCACCCGAAUUAUCUGUACAAAUACAAUUGAAUCAAGGCGGCAUACUUUUACCUCUUGAGGAAGAACGGUCCGUGCGUUUCAAUGACAUUCCUCUAGAAACUAAGCUAUAUAACAGAAGAUUUGUUGUUUUAGCUGUGUUCAGCCUCUGUUCCCUUGUUAACGCGUUUCAGUGGAUCCAGUAUAGUAUUAUAAGUAACAUUUUCAGUUUUUACUAUAAUGUAACCAGUGACAAAAUCGAUUGGCUAUCAAUUGUGUAUAUGUUGGUUUACGUGCCUCUGAUUUUCCCUGCUACAUGGAUCAUGGAUAGAAAGGGAUUGAGGAUUGCUGCUCUAACGGGCGCAGGUCUGAACUGUCUCGGGGCGUGGUUGAAAUGCUGUAGUAUUAGACCAGAUUUGUUUGCUGUCACAAUGCUAGGGCAGGUAGUGUGUUCCAUAGCUCAGGUAUUUAUUCUAGGAUUGCCAUCAAGGAUUGCGUCAUUGUGGUUCGGGCCAAAGGAAGUCUCAACUGCCUGCGCUACUGCUGUGCUGGGAAACCAGCUUGGUACAGCUAUUGGCUUCCUUUUGCCUCCUGUUCUUGUACCCAACGCAGUAGAGGACAAGGACUUGAUGGGAUACAACAUCAGUUUGAUGUUUUAUGGGACUGCUGUGGUCUCCACAGUUUUGUUUUUAACAGCUGUUGUUGUGAUAAAGGACAGACCUUCCUUACCUCCAAGUCGUGCGCAAGCUGUUCUGCUGAAAAGCUUGCCAACCAACCACACCUACAAGAUGUCUAUUAUCAAUCUUUUCAAAAACAAGUCUUUCAUUCUACUGAUUAUCAGCUAUGGGAUUAUGACAGGAUCAUUUUACUCGGUUUCCACACUGCUCAAUCAGAUCAUCAUAUUCUAUUACAAGAAUGAAGAGAAGAAUGCUGGUAGGAUUGGACUAACCCUGGUUUUGGCUGGGAUGGUGGGCUCUGUCAUUUGUGGGGUUUGGCUGGAUUACACUAAAACAUAUAAAAUGACAACAUUGAUUGUCUACAUCCUGUCUUUCAUUGGAAUGCUGAUGUUCACAUUUACAUUGGACAUGGGAUAUCUAUGGGUGUUGUUUUUCACUGCAGGAGUUUUAGGAUUUUUCAUGACAGGAUAUUUGCCAAUUGGAUUUGAGUUUGGGGUUGAGAUCACAUACCCAGAGUCAGAGGCAACAUCUUCUGGCCUUCUAAAUGCAUUUGCCCAGAUAUUUGGAAUCAUUUUUACCCUUACUCAGGGAAAGCUCACCACAGACCACAAUCCUCUAAUUGGAAAUAUCUUCCUGUGUAUUUGGAUUUUUGUUGGCAUCAUUUUAACAGCCUUAAUAAAAUCUGAACUGAGAAGACACAAUGUGAACAUGUGUUGUGGGCACCAGACUCAUCAACCAGUCUCCAGUGAAUGUACAUCUGACAAGGCAUCCAGCAGCGUCAAACUGAUUUUUCCUCCAGCAUAUCAACACGAGACAUCAUUAUAAUAUGUCCCAAUAUACGUGUUCUUUUAACCCUCUCUAGCAUACUUUAACUAUGAGACUUACUGUGCUCUCCCAUCAUUAAUGAAUGAUCAUUUUUCUUUUUUUC